CCAACAACCACAUUUCUGUAUCUGCUCCUCGUUCAACCUAUCAAUCGUGCUCAUCAUGGCUGACGAUGAUACUACCUCCUUCGACCAGAUCGAGCUUCACAAAGAAAACAUUCAGCCCCUUGCUUCCGGACGCUCAGCUCGAGCCCUUGUCGCUUCUCUCUCGUCCCGUUCGAACCCAGUAUUUGCCCGUGCCGAGCAUGCAGUUAAACAAGCAGAGUUUGAGGAGGAGUUACGAGGAUCUUUAGACUUGGAUGACCCUUUAGAAGUCUGGGUUCGUUAUGUCAACUGGACACAAGAGACCUUUCCGUCUGGUCAUUCGACAGACUCUGGUUUACUACAGCUGCUGGAAAGGGCAACACAGACAUUCAUCCACGAAUUACACUACAAGAAUGAUCCAAGAUACCUACGCCUAUGGAUUCAGUAUAUCCAAAACUUUUCCGAUGCUCCCCGGGAGGCCUUUGCCUACCUUGCUAGACACGACAUCGGUCAGCGGCUCGCCUUGUUCUACGAAGAGUACGCUGCUUUGCUUGAAAAAAUGGGUAGAAAGAGACAGGCUGGCGAGAUUUACCAGACUGGGAUGGAAAACAAUGCUAGACCUACGGACAGACUUCUGAGGAAGUUCGAGGAGUAUAUGCAGAGGUUGGAGCAUGACCCCCCUGCAGACGAUGAGCCCAACUCCCCUGCGCUGCCAGCAGUUAGACCAGCUUUAGCUGCAAAACCUUUUGGUGGGGGGUUAGGUUCCGGAGUACUUGGUGGCUCUCCUGCUACGCAGCAGCAACCGCAAGCGUCACAACCAAAACCGAAACAAGCGAAGCAGAAGAUGGCCAUUUUCUCCGAUGCGGACGCAGCCACCACAAGUAAGGCAGCAGACACCAUCGAAAAACCAACUAGUGGUUGGGAGAGCAUUGGUACUCUAGCGCAGAGGAAGAAGGAGAACACCAUAGAGGCUCGGCCAUGGGCCGGCGAGGUUUUGAAGCAGGAAGGAGUUAAAACGAAAAGUGCUGAGAAAAUGAUGAUUUUUAGGGACGAAAGUUCUUUACCGAAGCAAAAUGUACCUCCUGUACAACAAAAUGUUUUACCUACUUAUUUACCUUCAAAUAAACGGCCAGAGCGGGUUGCUGUAAACCUUGAAUUGAUUUAUGCAGACGAAGAAAAUCCUACUGAAGAGCUGUCUUUUGAUGAGUUAAGAGCGAUCAAGAGAGGCCAGUAUGGGAUUGACUGGAAUAGGAUACGUGAGGAACAAGCUGAGGCAACUAGAGAGCGACGAAGGAAGAAUACCCAUAAAGGAGAGGUAACGGAGGAGUCUCGAGCGCCCAUCAAAGUGAAGACAGUUCUCUCGCCUUCUCCAAAUAGAGGAAAAAUAAAGCGAAAAGGGCAGGCACCUGCUAGUGGAUCUGGUCCGGAGGGUGACGAUGGCGAGGAUGAUGAAGAAGACGCCAGAAGUGUGAAGAGUGAAUGGUCUGACUUUACCUUGAGAAGGGACGUUCCGCCGAACGAAGAGGAGGAGGAAAAGGAAAUAGAAGGGAGUCCAGGGGUUCACUCAGCUGAGGGCAAGCUUGGGAAGCUCGUUAUCCAUCGAGAUGAGCCCAAGGCUGGAGGUAGAAUAGCGAUCCACAGAGACGAACCUAGUGACGAGGAACCUGGUCAAUCACUCCGUCCUACUCACAAGAUACUCAUCCCAUCACCUCCUAAUGAUUUCGAUCCCCCUCGUCUUUCCUAUAAUGCUGCGAAGGAAACCCAAUUCCAAGGGCAGAGUAGACUACCAUACAUGACACCUAUUGUCGAAAAGACGGAGUCAUUACCACCUACCACUGCUAGACGAAAGGAUGUGGCCAAAACUCCCAGUAGGAAUAGGAUGCCCGAUAUAAUAGACGACAAUUUGAUGAGCAGCCCUUUCGAAGAGUCUAACAACUCUAUUUUUCCCCCACCACUUGCCCCGUCCCAGCCUGCUCCAUCUGCCGCUCCGGCCCGUGUCCCCAAGGAGAGGAAGCCAUUUGGUGCAAAACCAGUGGCAGCGGCGAGGGUGAAAGAAGCCACCCAGAAGGGCCCCAUAAUCCAGGAUUUACAAUGUAACCCCAUGGAUGAAUCUCUUCGAGCUAACAUCUUUGACAAGCUUCAGCCACCAUUGAAGACAUAUGAAGGCUUCUACGAGCACACAACCAAGUUUGGACGAGGAGCGGAGAUCAAACGGUUCGCGAAGACCAUAUCAAAACGUGAUGGAGAAAAAACCACAGCCAACAUUUCACAGGCUCCAAUUGUCGAGUUCGUCACAGGUGAUGGAGGCAGUUCCUACACCAUUAAGCGUGAGCUGGGGAAAGGUGCUUUUGCCCCUGUCUACCUUGUGGAGAAUAACAUCGUUGCCGAUGCCGAAGACGAAGCCGAAGAAGCAGGCCCGGAUGAUGGAAACGCGGCCGACCUCUUUUCCCUUAACAAGAAGAUAAUUGGACGGGCGCGCUUCGAGGCUAUAAAAAUGGAGCACCCGCCAUCGCCUUGGGAGUUCUACAUCAUGCGGCAAGCUCACCGCCGCCUCGGCGUCUCACGACCGGUGGAGUCCAUCCUAAAGGCCCAUGAAAUGCAUCUUUUCCCGGACGAAGGAUAUCUCCUACUUGAAUAUCGUGACCAAGGCACAAUCCUCGACCUAGUAAACAUUGCCAGAGCAGAAGCAGCGGCCGGUACAAAUACUGGUGUAAUGGACGAGCAGCUUGUCAUGUUCCUUUCCAUCGAGCUCCUCCGCACUGUCGAAGCGAUGCACUCCAAGGGUAUCCUCCAUGGUGAUCUCAAGGCUGACAAUUGUCUCAUUCGCUUCGAAAAUACACCAGACAAUAUCUGGUCCGCACGAUACCAGCGAGACGGUUCAAAUGGCUGGCUUAAAAAGGGAAUAACCCUAAUCGACUUUGGCAGAGGAAUAGACAUGAAACUCUUCCCGCCAGCUGUACAAUUCCUUGCGGAUUGGAAAACCGACAACCAAGACUGUGCAGAAAUGCGCGAGCUCCGGCCGUGGACCUACCAGGUAGACUAUUUUGGCCUCGCUGCCAUCAUCCACUCCAUGCUCUUUGGCAAGUACAUUGAGACCGCAGCGGAUCGCGGCAACAUCCUCGGCGGUGGAACCAAGAAGUACAAAAUCAUAGGUUCCUUUAAGCGUUACUGGCAGACGGAGAUCUGGAACUCUGUGUUUGAUGUUCUGCUCAACCCGCUCCAAUAUAUUAAGGACGAGGAGAGCACCUGCAUGCCCGUCAGCAAGAGCGUGAGGAAGUGCAGGGAGGAGAUGGAGACAUGGCUGGAGGCGAAUUGCGAGAAGGGGGUCGGGUUGAGGAAUCUAAUUCGUAGGAUGGAGGGGGUCCUUGGGAAGAAGCGUUAGUUUUGUUCUCUCCGUCGUUUAUUAUUCCUGUUUGGAAAUAGAUGGCGCUGGUGCCGGCGGGAGGGUAUUUUCCACCUGUCCGUCCGUCUGGCUAGUGUUAAUGUAAUGUUUGUUAUUGACAUGUUACCCAUAUAUCUCUCUUUUUCGGCGGCACUAGUGUGCCAGUAUCAUUGCCUUUCCUCCCCGCCCACUCCCCACGCUCCUACAGUCAUAAUAUCCACCGAGGGUAUUUUGGCUCGCCUCGUACAGUAACGAUCCACUGCAUCGCAGCCCCAAAACGAAGGUUCGAGUGGAUCCUUUAUCCAAAGUAUCAUACCACACAUGAUAAUACCCGAUGUCUGCCAUUCCGGCCAGUCCAAUCAUCCAUCCCGCCAGAAGAGCCGUGGCAUCACCCCAAAAAAUCCUCAAUUCCGAAUCACGACUCGUGACUUAUGCAUCUCUGAAAACGAAGCCUCCCUCCGCUCAUUACCCCGCCCCCGCCCAUCACCCCAAAACCCUGCAUAUCAUACCGCCGCCGCCGCCGGACCGGAGAAAGAUAAGGAAGAAAAAGUAAAAAAAAUUAAAAAAAACCGGAAACAGCACACUUACAUACGAGUAGUUCCCAAAAGUACCCUUCAAGUACAAGUAGCAGCCCUGCCAUGAGCACCAAUCGUAUCGUGCGAGAUCCCGGUUUCUCAGAACUUUCUGAAACAUCUCGCUACCCCUUGUGGUACGGGUGCGAACCCGAAAAAAUAAAAAUAAAAAAAGUGAGUGAGUGGACGUAAGCGAUUUUAUUAUACGCCAGAAAUGGGAUAAUUUCGCUCACUCACUUGUUCCCGGCGCCAAAUGGUUGAAUUAAAAGUGGGAUACUGGGUAGUAGGAUGACUUCGUAACUCGUGGAGUGUUCGGAAGAGAUGAGGACUGGUCCACUUGACUUUUAUUCUAACCUCAAUAAAUUUAAAACCUUCCGAGGUGUAGUCUAUCAGAGCAGCAAGAGGGAACAAAACUUUGCUCGAAAUUGUGCCCAAGACCUUUGUUUUCGGUGGGCAAACCGUGUUUGGAUAUUUGUGUAAUAGAAAAUGAUGUCCUUAUUGGUUCCACGGAUAAUUUGUAUUUUUGUGAAUUUGCUCCAGUGUAAUAAAUAUCUUGGUGUGAAACCUGCUUUUUUUGCAAGUAUUCCACUCGCUAAUUCGGACCCACUCGUAUUAUUUCACACACAGCCACUCUGCCUCCAUGCCAUGUCGUGCCACGCAACCGAUUCUGCACACCAAUAAAAACGGUACUUUAUCGAUAGCUAGAUUUAUUGGAUAAUGUUAAUGUUUUUAAUGCCCACACGGCACAAUCGGUACUCGUAUCACAGUCUUCGUGUGUGCGCGUAGGCCCGCUUUCCAUCCACCGUGCACAUCGACGGAUGAGUGAGCAAAUGAAUGUUUUGGCUUGAUGAAAGAACAUCUCCCCUGCUCGCGUCCGAUCACCAUAAUUCAACCGUCGAAAAAUGGGAAUUAGAAAAGGAAAAGAAAAAGAAAAAAAUAAA